GAUAUUUAUUGAAUUGAAUGAAUCCCGACGAGCCCGCCAACUAGCAACUGGCGGGCUCCAUUUCGCGACCUCCCGACUUCUCCGUCCACGUGGCCACCAUACGCCUAUCCCGUUUCCCGCAAUCCCGUCACAGUCAGCCAUCUCUUUCCUCCCCUUCUAUUUAUUUUGCACUUGCGUCGCUCCCCGACUCACUCUCUUCUCUCAAUUGAAUCGAACAUCUCCUUCGCCGAUCACAACAGUCAGGAAAUCAAAUCAUCGAUUCUUUCGUCCCGUGGAUCCACCAUCGUAAUCAGACAAGAGUUUGUACGAUCAAGUUAUUGGAGCUGUGAAAUGGGUGGGUCUUGUUCGAGGAAGAGAGGGGCGUUGGAAAGGGAAGAUAACAAAAGUCCAGCCGGGAGGCUCUGUAGGAAAUUUAGCAAGAAUGGAAGCUCGAAAUGGUUGGUAACUUCCGUUCCCAAACUGGGCGGAAAUGAUUCACAAGGCCAGAAGAAUAGCAGCAGAUGCCCUCCUCCCCUUUUGGACCUCUGCAUCCAAAAUAUCUGUGAGGAUAUAGAUAACCACGGCACAUUUUACAUGCUCCCAAGGGACAUCAGCCAAGAGAUCUUCAACGAAUUGGUGUAUUCCCUUCGUCUAACUGAUGUUUCUCUUGAAGCAUUUCGGGAUUGCGCCCUCCAGGAUAUUCACUUGGUAGACUAUCCAGGAGUUAAUGACUAUUGGAUGGAUGUCAUCUCGUCGCAGGGGAUGUCGUUGCUUUCUCUCGAUGUAUCCGGUUCGAAUGUGACUGAUUCUGGGUUCAGUUAUUUAAGAGUCUGUAAGAACCUGGAAAGUCUCGGUCUUGACUACUGUGAGAGACUUUCUGACCUUGGGCUUAAGGAGAUUGGAGGCUUGUAGAAGGCUUCUCAAACUUGACAAGCUUGAGUUUCAGACGAAACAAUGCAAUUACCGCAGAGGGAAUGAGGGCAGUUUCAGGCUUAAAAAACCUAGUUAAAUUGGACAUGGAGAGGUGUCCUGGCGUUGGGGGUGGUUUUGCUCACCUCAAUGGUUUGUCAAAAUUAGAGUCUCUUAACAUCAAUUGGUGCAACUGCAUCACAGAUGAUGAUUUGAAGCACCUUUCUGGGCUUACUAGCUUGAAGAGCUUGCAAAUUUCUUGCAGCAGGGUUACGGAUAUGGGUAUAUCUAGCUUGAAAGGGCUCCAUAACCUUACCCUUCUUAACUUGGAGGGUUGCCCAGUCACAGCAGCAUGUUUGGAAUUUCUCGCAGAGCUAGCUUCUCUAUCAUAUCUGAACCUAAACAGGUGUCAUCUAUCUGAUGCUGGAUGUCAGAAAUUUUCAAAAUUCGCAAAAUUGAAGAUUCUAAAUUUGGGCUUCAAUGACAUCACUGAUGCGUGUUUAGUGCACCUCAAAGGUAUUUCCUAGUUCUACUCAAGCCAUAUACUAUUCUGAACGACCUCAAUUCAUAUCUAUAUUAGCAUGCCUGUGAAUAUAGCAGUUUAAAGAUUCAUAUCAAUGGUAGUAACAACUGUGCACGCACACACAGAGAGGCAAUCGCAUUUCAAAAGGAAUUUAAUACACUGACAGAGUAUCAGUUGAUUGAGGCUGACAUUUCACAUUUUGAUGGGAUCGUUGAGUGUACAAUGAUGGAAAUGAUUCUGGCCAGACUAUAAUUUCAGUUCUUGUUUUUUCUUUGUUCCACACUUCGCUGGUGGAAAUGUUCAUGCCCAGUAUAUGGGUGCAUACUAAUUAUGAUUAUCUUUCUUUUUGUAUUCUAAUUGAAAGUUAAGAAUUCACAUCUCUUGUUCAUGUGGGACCUUUGUGAAGCAGGUUUAACAGCUUUGGAGAGCUUGAACUUGGAUUCUUGCCAGAUCAACGAUGAUGGGAUGGAGAACUUAAAAGGUCUGAAGAACUUGAAAUGCUUAGUGUUGUCAGAUACUGAAGUUGGAAGCAAGGGGCUGCGCCACCUAACUGGCCUGCAUAAUUUGGAGAGCAUAAAUCUGUCUUUCACCAUGGUUACUGAUUGUGGUUUAAGAGAACUGUCCGGAUUAACAUCUAUUAAAUCUCUCAAUCUGGAUGCGCGCCAAAUAACAGAUACUGGACUUGCAGCCCUUACAAGUUUGACUGGAUUAACUCAUCUGGAUCUCUUUGGAGCUCGUAUUACAGAUUCUGGGACAUCGUACUUAAAAAAUUUCAAAAAUCUUUGUUCCUUGGAGAUAUGCGGUGGAGGAUUAACGGAUGCUGGGGUUAAGAACAUCAAAGAGCUGUCCUCUCUGUCACUCCUGAAUCUAUCACAGAACUGCAACCUAACAGAUAGAUCACUGGAAUUAAUUUCAGGAUUGACUGGACUUAUAUCGUUGAACGUCUCGAAUUCAAGAAUCACAGCUGCUGGUCUGCGGCAUCUGAAGCCAUUGAAGAGUUUAAAGUCAUUGAGCAUGGAAUCGUGCAAGGUCACGGCCAGUGACAUCGAGAAGCUUCGGUCUUUCGAUCUCCCUAACCUCGUAAGCUUUCGCCCUGAAGAAUGAUGACGGUGAUUGGAAUUGUCAGUAAUGUAUGUAAUUAGUGGCUCUCAUGAAGAUGAAAGAGCAAGUACAUAUGUCACUUUGAGUAGCUUGUAAAUAUUUGUUUGGGAACGAGCUUCGUCUGUUUCAGUGAGACACUAUGUAGAUAUAAGUUUCUGUGUGUUCAUGAAUAACUCCCACCUUCGUUGAUUUUACACGAAGACACCUCAAUCGAGUAAAGCUGUUGGGGUUGGAUCAAGGU